AGUCACGUGACAAGAUCAGGAAAUGACCUCCCCAAAAUGGCGGCGUGUCAGAGGUCGCCAUGUUUCAACAAUGCCUACCACGCCCACGUCUUACGCACACAGUGUGGGUGGCACUGGGAGCAGGUGGGUAAAGUGUUUUGCCCAAGGACACAACGGCAGUGACUAGGAUGGCGGAAGCAGGGAUCGAACCUGGAACCCUCAAGUUGCUUGGACGGCUACUCUACCAACCGCCCCAAACAACUUCUUUGAACAAAGAUGUUCAAUGAAGGUAAAUUAAAGGUAAAAUAACUUUAAAUGGAAGGUAAACAUGUACAUAAAAGCUCAAAUAAGGUAGAACAAUUUUAAAAAAGGAAUACAGAAUGUAAAGGAUGGUCAAAGAAGGUAAAUAAAAGGUAGAAUAACUUAAACAAAAGGUAAUAAGUACAUAAAAGGUAAAAUAGGUUAAAAAAAAGGUAAAAUAAGGGGGGGAAAAAGGAAUACAGAAGGUAAAAGACGGCCAAAAAAGGUAAAUAACUUAAGAGAAGGUAAAAAAAAAAGAACAAGAAAGGUAAAAUAAGGUAAAUAGAAGGGAAAAUAAGUUAAAUAAGAGGUAAAAAUAAGUUUUUAAAAAAAGAUUAAAAAUAAAUACAGAAGGUAAAAAGUGGUCAAAGAAGGUAAAUAAAAGCGAAAAUAACUUAAAUGGAAAGUUAAACAAAUAUAUAGAAGGUAAUUAGAAGGUAAAAUAAGUUAAAUAAAUUGUAAAAUAAGUUUUAAAAAAUGAAUACAUAAGGUAAAAGACGGUCAAAGGUUUUAAAAAAAGAUGAAAAAUAAAUACAGAAGGUAAAAAGUGGUGAAAGAAGGUAAAUAAAAGGUCAAAUAACUUAAAUGGAAAGUAAAACAAAUAUAUAGAAGGUAAAAUAAGUUCAAUAAAAUGUAAAAUAAGUUUAAAAAAUUAAUACAUAAGGUAAAAGACGGUCAAAGAAGGUAAAUUAAAGGUAAUGAAGGUUAUGACAGGUACAAAAAUCUUUAUUUCAACUAUUUUGCCUAAAAGACGCAUUGAUUAAUUACUCAAUUAAUGGAUCAAACUAAUCAAUAGAUCAGUAGAUGACUAAAGUGGGCGGCUGCAGUCUCAAGCGAACACCACUUCCAACUUUAUCAGCUUGUCCUGCUUUGGAUUCUGGGGGUUUUAUGACUUCAGGACCAAAUGUGGAUCCUGACCAAGCUCCACCUCUUAAUGUGAAUCCUGACCAAGCUCCACCUCUUAAUGUGAAUCCUGACCAAGCUCCACCUCUUAAUGUGGAUCCUGACCACGCUCCACCUCUUGAUGUGAAUCCUGACCAAGCUCCACCUCUUAAUGUGGAUCCUGACCAAGCUCCACCUCUUAAUGUGGAUCCUGACCAAGCUCCACCUCUUAAUGUGGAUCCUGACCAAGCUCUACCUCUUAAUGUGAAUCCUGACCAAGCUCCACCUCUUAAUGUGAAUCCUGACCAAGCUCCACCUCUUAAUGUGAAUCCUGACCAAGCUCUACCUCUUAAUGUGAAUCCUGACCAAGCUCCACCUCUUAAUGUGAAUCCUGACCAAGCUCCACCUCUCAAUGUGAAUCCUGAUCAAGCUCCACCUCUUAAUGUGGAUCCUGACCAAGCUCCACCUCUUAAUGUGAAUCCUGACCAAGCUCCACCUCUUAAUGUGAAUCCUGACCAAGCUCCACCUCUUAAUGUGGAUCCUGACCAAGCUCCACCUCUUAAUGUGGAUCCUGACCAAGCUCCACCUCUCAAUGUGGAUCCUGAUCAAGCUCCGCCUCUUAAUGUGGAUCCUGACCAAGCUCCACCUCUCAAUGUGAAUCCUGAUCAAGCUCCGCCUCUUAAUGUAGAUCCUGAUCAAGCUCCACCUCUUAAUGUGAAUCCUGACCAAGCUCCACCUCUCAAUGUGAAUCCUGAUCAAGCUCCACCUCUUUUAGUGGCGCUCGCCAUAAACCUAUCCGCUUGUCCCUCAUCCAGUCCUGCAGUCAGGAAAUGUAAGCUUGUUCCUCCCUCCACCUCUCCGACGAGUAAGACCCGUCCAAUUAAUCCUCCACCUAACAGGAAGUCGACCUCGUUAGACCCUCCUGGCCGCCAUUGCUCAACUCCACCAGGUCAAGAAGGUCUGGACUUCAUCUUGAGGGUCUUUUAUCAGCGCCCUGCUUUCUGUUUCCUAAUGAAAGGAAAACAAAGAGCGUGCAGGACGUGUCAGAGAGAGACGAUGCUCCACUCGCUCUGCUUUUCUCAGAUCUAUUUUAAGGCCGUGGAGGCAGCCCCGCGUCCACACUUAAUGAUCUUUUUGUAUGCAAAGGCCACGGUUGAAAGAGGCGGCACCACCAUCGCGAGCGGCAAGAGCUCAUUAACUCCAUGGCAGACUGGUAGUGGCGCUCGCCAUCGCUCUUCUGCUUCCUCCUCGCUCUUCUUCACCAGCUUCUUCUUGCUACUUUUCACUUCCUGUUUAUGCAGCACAUUGGUGGCAAGUAGGGUUGCGCAAUAUUCAAAGAAUACGCUAGAUAGCAGUAAAAGCACACACUUAGUCAUACGUAUUGGAUCAAAUGGCAAAAUUACCAAAUUAAAAAUCACAUUUAUGAGAUUAAAAGUCAAAAAAGGAUAUAUAAAGUCGUAAGUAUUUGAUUAAAUGGCGAAAUUACACAAUAAAAAGUUGGAUUUGUGAGAUUAAAAGUCAAAAUAAUUACAUAUUAAGUCGUAAAUAUUUGAUCAAAAUUCGAAUUUAUGAGGUAAAAAAGUCAAAAUCAUGACAAUUUCAUGAUCGUGAAAUUAAAAAGUCGAAAAUAUAAGAUAAAAUGUAGACAUUGUAAGAUAAAAGGUCAAAAAACAAGAUAAAACGUUGAAAUUGUGAGAAGAAAAAUCAUGAUUAUAAGAUAAAAUGUUAGAAUUAUGAGCUAAAAAUUCUAAUUAAUGAGAUAAAAAGUCCAAUCAAUGAGAUAAAAGGUCAAAUUUAUGAGAUAAAAAAUCUAAAUUAUGAGAAAAAAGUAGAAAUUAUGAGAUACAAAAUAAUUACUAAUCAAGUGGUAAAUUUUUGAUGAAAACUCGAAAUUGAGGUAAAAAAAAAAAAGUCAAAAUCAUGAUUACAAGAUCAGAAAGUUGAAAAUAUGAGAUAAAAGGUCAACAUUGUGAGAAAAUAAUUCUAAUUGAGAUAAAAAGUCGAAUCAAUGAGAUAAAAGGUCAAUAUUAUGAAAUAAAAAGUCAAAAUUAUGACAAAAAAGUUUAAAUUAUGAGAAAAAAGUAUAAAUUAUGAGAUAAAAAGUAAAAAAAAUAUGAGAUAAAAAAGUUAUAUGAAGUCAUAAAUAUUUAAUAAAAAGUCAAAGUUAUGAGGUAAAAGAGUCAAAAUUAUGACAUGAUUUUGAGAUAAUCCAUCCCUCCAUGGAUGGAUUAUGAGAUAAAACUUUGAAAAUAUGAGAUAAAAGGUUGAAAUUGUGAGAUUCCAAAAAAUCGUGAUUAUGAGAUGAAAUGCCAAAAUAUGAGGUAAAAAUUAAAAUUAAUGAGAUAAAAAAUCGAAUCAAUGAGAUAAAAGGUUAAAAUGUAUUAAAUAAAAAAUCAAAAUCAUGAGAAAGAAGUUGAAAUUAUGAGAUAAAAAAGGAAAAAAUAAUUACAUAUAAAGUGGUAAAUAUUUGAUGAAAAGUCGAAAUUGAGGUAAAAAAAAAAGUCAAAAUCAUAAAUAAUAUAAUAAAAAUCAUGACAUUUAAAUCAUGAUUACGAGAUCAAAAAGUCGAAAAUAUGAGAUAAAAGGUAAAAAAUUGUGGGAUAAAAUGUCAACAUUGUGAGAAAGUAAUCCCUAUUGAGAUAAAAAGUCGAAUCAAUGAGAUAAAAGGUCAAAAUUAUGAGAUAAAAAGUCAAAAUUAUGAGGGAAAAAAAGUAAAACAUAUGAGAUAAAAAGUCAAAAUAAUUACAUAUAAAGUCGUAAAUAUUUGAUCAAAAGUCGAAUUUAUGAGGUAAAAAAGUCAAAAUCAUGACAAUUUCAUGAUUGUGAAAUAAAAAAAUAAAAAAUAUAAGAUAAAAAGUAGACAUCGUAAGAUAAAAGGUCAAAAAACAAGAUAAAACGUUGAAAUUGUGAGAAGAAAAAUCAUGAUUAUAAGAUAAAAUGUUAGAAUUAUGAGCUAAAAAUUUAAAUUAAUGAGAUAAAAAGUCCAAUCAAUGAGAUAAAAGAUCAAAUUUAUGACAUAAAAAAUCUAAAUUAUGAGAAAAAAGUAGAAAUUAUGACAUAAAAAAUGAUUACUUAUCAAGUGGUAAAUAUUUGAUGGAAACUCGAAAUUGAGGUAAAAAAAAAAGUCAAAAUCAUGAUUACAAGAUCAGAAAGUUGAAAAUAUGAGAUAAAAGGUCAUCAUUGUGAGAAAGUAAUUCUAAUUGAGAUAAAAAGUCGAAUCAAUGAGAUAAAAGGUCAAGAUUAUGAGAUAAAAAGUCAAAAUUAUGACAAAAAAGUUUAAAUUAUGAGAAAAAAGUAUAAAUUAUGAGAUAAAAAGUUUUAAAAAAAUAUGAGAUAAAAAAGUCAUAUGAAGUCAUAAAUAUUUAAUAAAAAGUCAAAGUUAUGAGGUAAAAGAGUCAAAAUUAUGACAUGAUUUUGAGAUAAUCCAUCCAUCCAGCCAGGCCUGGCCCUAACCAAUCUGGCGCCCUAGGCAAGAUUUUAGGUGGCGGCGCCCCACAUCGGCAGUGAAGUGUAUAUACUCACAAGAAACCGAAUAGCUUUGUCUUUGACCAUUUUUUUUACUUAAAGAAAGCAAAUUAACAUAUUAUAUGAGAAUGUUAUGUUAUGAUUAUCUUUAACCGAAUCACAGCAGUGCUCAAAUUAAAAAACAGCAUUCCCUCUCAUGUGAUAUUGCUUAAUCAACAUUAAUGAAGUGCACUUUAACAACUAGGCUUACAACUAUACCUAAUAUAUAAAGGGGUGGAAAAGUGACUAUUACCUGCAGGGCAAACAUUAGCUAACCAGAAGGCAAUAACAAUGUAAACAAAAAACACCUGCUUAAAAGAUCUAAUACAAAUGUCCCUAAGGAAUGUAAGGUGGGAGUACUGUAAUUACCUAACGUUACAUUAUUAUUUUCCAUAACAAUUUAGCCCCCUCC